AUGGUAUCCCAGGCUCCGGCAAGAGCAAGCUUACGUAUUUCACUUGUUGUUGAAGACGCGCAAAAUGCAUUCUCGAACAACCAAACUCCAGCCCCGGUGUAUUUUUACUGUUCCCGUAACCCAGCCGAGCCUGGGCGCUCCGAUCCCUCCCAGAUAGCAGCCAGCAUUGCCAGACAGCUCUCUGCCCCUGUUGCCGGAGGGCCGCUUCUCGAUGACGCCGUCAGGGCUUACCAACAACGAGAAGAAAACGGGUUCGCGUCUGGGCCGCUUCGCCUUGAAGAAAGCAAGGACCUGAUCAUCAAACUGCUUGAUCGAUACAAAGACGCGACGGCAACUAUUGUUAUCGACGCCCUCGACGAAUGCGCCGAAGCAAGUCGCGGUCGUCUCUUGGAACUGCUGGAGGAUCUUCUGGAGACAUCUCCAUUUAGAUAA